CCUGCAUCACGUCCCAAACACUGGCGUUUGGUUUGGGCCACAUCAUCAUCCGUAACGAAAGGAAAGGAGAGGCAACGAAAUAAGAAAAAAAUAUAAAUAUUAAUUAAAGCUCGACCCAACCAAAUGGCAGAGCGUGUGUUACUCACUCCUCCUUCACUGCCUUUACCAUCUCAACACUCUCCAACCACGAUGGCUCUUCUGGGCGGCGCCGCCUCCGCUCGCGUCAUUCCCUCCGCCUCGCUCUCCGCCUCUUCUCGUUCCUUCUUCUCCUUCUCCUCUUCCUCCUCGCUCCAAUGCUUGCGCUCCUCUCCUCGCAUUUCUCACCUCUUUCUCAAUCAGCGGAGGGCGGAGGUUCGCGUUUCUAGUGGAGGAUACGGAACAGUGUCGGCGCCGAAGUCCUUCGCGUCGGAUCCUGAUCAGUUGAAGAGCGCUAGAGAAGAUAUCAAGGAGCUUCUCAGGUCUAAGUUCUGCCAUCCUAUUCUGAUUCGCUUGGGGUGGCAUGAUGCUGGUACUUAUAAUAAGAAUAUUGAGGAGUGGCCACAGAGAGGUGGAGCUAAUGGUAGCUUAAGAUUUGAAAUUGAGCUGAAGCAUGCAGCAAAUGCUGGACUUGUAAAUGCAUUGAAACUUCUUCAGCCAAUCAAAGACAAAUACUCUGGUGUGACAUAUGCAGACUUAUUUCAGUUGGCUGGUGCUACAGCUGUGGAGGAAGCUGGAGGCCCACAAAUCCCUAUGAAAUAUGGAAGAGUGGAUGUAUCUGGACCUGAACAAUGCCCUGAAGAAGGGAGACUUCCUGAUGCUGGUCCCCCUUCACCUGCUGAUCAUUUACGUCAAGUUUUCUACCGAAUGGGUUUGAAUGACAAAGAAAUUGUUGCAUUAUCUGGUGCACACACACUGGGGCGGUCUAGACCAGAUCGCAGUGGUUGGGGAAAGCCUGAGACUAAAUAUACGAAAGAUGGGCCAGGAGCACCUGGAGGACAAUCCUGGACAGCUCAAUGGUUGAAAUUUGACAACUCUUACUUCAAGGACAUCAAAGAAAAAAAGGAUGAAGAUCUAUUGGUAUUGCCAACUGAUGCUGCUCUUUUUGAAGACCCGUCCUUCAAGGUAUAUGCUGAGAAAUAUGCCGAAGAUCAGGAAGCAUUCUUUAAAGAUUAUGCUGAAGCCCAUGCAAAACUUAGCAACCUUGGAGCCAAAUUUGAUCCUCCAGAGGGCAUUGUGAUAGGGGCAGAGAAGUUUGUAGCAGCCAAAUACUCCUCUGGAAAGGAGUAAAAACAAGUGUCAUGUUUUCUUGUGCCAGUAUCUUUUAGUAAUACAAGAAGAAGCUAUUUUCAAAUCAAGUGAUAUCACAUAUAAAAUAUGGAAGUUUUAAAUGAAGAAGAAAGGAAUAAAAUUCAAUAGUGUGCCUAUUUGAAUUGCAGAGAGAGCUGUCUGAGGCUAUGAAGCAGAAGAUACGUGCUGAAUAUGAGGCAGUUGGUGGAAGCCCAGAUAAGCCUCUACAGUCGAACUAUUUUCUAAAUAUCAUGAUUAUUGUUGCUGUUUUGGCACUUUUGACAUCACUGCUUGGAAGCUAGUUGAAUUUUUCUUCUUCUGGUUUUUGCUAUUAUUGCAUUGGCAUUUGCACACUUGUACUAAGUUUUACACAUGGCAGCAAGUAUUCUCUUGAUUGAACAAAAAUAAGCACUUGAAAAUAGCAUAUUAUUGCACUAAUUAAUCAUGUAACCAUGAUUUGGUUUGGGAUUUGGGGAGUUAUAUCAAAACAUGCCCCUAAUGGGUUAGUAAAUGAGUUGGUAAAGGCUAGUGGAUCGGUGUUGUACAUGUUGUCCAUCUUUAGAAUGAAUCAUGAUCCAUCUCCAAUUCUUGAA